UUGGUACUUGUCUGUGGUAACUGGUUUUGAACUUCGCCGACAAACCUUCUCUGCAUUUUCACCCACGAAAAGCCUUGCAAUGCCGACGGUUGUGCUCCUCGAUGUUUCACUUUCAAUGCUCCGGCUUGUCCAGACGCCAGACGAAGCUCUUGUUGAGCGUAGACAUCUAGCCAUCCGUGGCCUUCACACCUUUUUCGAUCACUUGUCCAGCAAGUUUAAGUUAGAAUUUUCUGCCUUGUUAGCUUUUUCGUCGCUAUGGGAGAUCGUUGUGCCGUUCACGCGAGAUAAUCAGUCUUUGAAGCAAGGUUGUGUUACGGUGGAUGUGUAUGACAAGACUUGUUAUGAUAACGGAUUCAGCGGUGUUGUCGGCCAUGUUUUAGAGGAAUGGGGCACAUCGGUUCCCUGUCAAGUCAUUUUGGUCACCGAUGGACGCACAGGGUCAGGGCAAGGUUCUCUCAGAGACCUUCUGGAAGGAAAGAGAAGGGACGAUUCCGACCAACCGAGUCCAUUUCCUCUACCCUUUCCCUGUAAAAUACACGUUGUCUGCAUUGCAACGUCUAAUGAACUAGGGGCAGAUUUAAUGCUGUUUCAAAGGCUUUGUGAUUCAGCUGGUGCAGGGGGUAGUGUGUAUGUGCCAGACACACCAUUAAGUGUCCAAUCAGUUCAGAAUGUGUUCAUGCGCCUUGCACAGACACACUACAUUAACUAUGAGGGAACCCUAUCUUGCGGACAUUUGCAGUCCAAAGUCACGUUAUCUCCACCACCAGACUUGACAAGCGUACUUGAAAGAUCUAAAAAAGCCAAAGGUCAAGAGAAAAACAGGAGGUUGCCGAGUGAAUUAUCCAUAUGUGGUUUUCUUGAUGUGGCAGAUGCUGGUAGUCCCCCACAUAUAUCACGACAUCUUGUCAUACCAGUGCCUUUGUCCUCAGCGGAUGCUAAGGACAAAGAAGGUGGGAAAGAUGCUGUGAAAGACAGUGAAGAGGAUGGGAAGACACCCUCCUUUUGUGUGCUUCUGCAUGGAAGUCUGAAAGUGGAGAAGAUGGUGGCUAUUGUUUCAUUUGAGUGAGUAGAGACAAUAAGAUGAUGGUUGGUCCGGUCCCUGGGGAGGGGGGGGGGUACUUUAGGACUUUUUGGGUGGGGAUGUGCCACUGGGACCCUGGAACCCUUAGCCUAUACCAGAGCUAGUACAAGUGAAUUUUGGUACCAUACUAGACUAAACUCCCCAAAUCCCCCCCUAUCCUAGAAUAGCUGUUUUCCAGAAACUACUGAGGUCACUAGCACAGUCCAGCCAAAACAAAACCGAUUUGAUUUUUUUAUAUAUUCUUGAGUGGCAUUUCCCGGUUUCCCUAGUCUAGACUAAAAUCUUCAGCCAAUUGAUCAGUUUAAAUGGAAAAUGAUACCCUCUUCUUGACCCAAACUCUCUUAUUUAUAUACCCUUUCCCAGAGUAAACUGCUUGAAAACCAUACCCUUCACAGCAGCACAUACCUAUAUAGCCCAUAUACGGCAGUAUAUAAUUUUGGUAGAAAGAGAGAAUGUGGAGCAAACAUAGUUACUGCGGUUAAAUUGAUUUUCCUUUGCUCUUUUUUUAAGCCAUGCCAGUUAAAAAGAUGGUCAAUGCAACUUUCACUGAGUAAUGCAAUUGAUUUUGAUUACACUUAUCCACUGGAUAGCACUAUCCACCUUUGGUACAAUUGGGACAGGAUCUAAACAACACCUCUAUGCUUUCAUCUUAAGAUGAUGGUUGAAAAUAAUACUACUUUUUGACUGAUAAAUAAUGCUUGCAAUUUUUGUAGCUCUGACUGGUUUGGGAUGCUUCACUCAUGGGCAGACAGCAAGAAGAAAUCCAACCUAGUGUUAACAAUUUUUAGGCCUGGAGAGAGUAUUUCAUGGCUUGGAAACAUGCAGAAACUGGGCCCUGCGGCAGAGCUUGAUCCCAAUCCAUAUCACUCAAUGGAUAAUGAUGAGGCAGAGACCACGCCCUUUCCAGUGAUGCCAAACCAAAGACGUAGUUAUAAUUCACAAGCCAAUGUAGUUUGGAUUAAGCCCAGUGGAUUACAGGUACAUAUAUUUGUAGGGAGUUCUGGGUAUAGCCCUAGCUUUUAUGUUGAGAAAAAUGUGACACUACGUAAAUACAAAUUUCUGGAAAAGUUAUAAAAUUAAUGUGUUUUCCCGAUUAAGAGAUUUUUCUUUGAUUGCCACAUUAAGUCAAUAAAUAAAAUCUCUAGAUGAAUGAUAAAUAAUGCAUAUACUAGAUAUUUUUAACUUUUAUCAUUGUCUUUAAUCUAUUGUUCAGUGGUUUUAGCAGUACAGAUCUUCUUAAUCUCCAGAUUUGUGUUUGCUAUCAUUUUAGUCUGAUGUCCAAAAGCUGUUGCGUUAUGCUAAGAGGCUUCCGGACAAACAAGUACAGUUCUACAAGGUUGGUAACCUGUAAAUGCUUGCGCAAGGGGUUUAAGGCCUGGGUCAAAGGUGUGUUCGGAACAUACGAAUGAUUGGCAAUAUCUCUCACUAGGAGACCUAGAACAAAAUGUUUUUUUCCCCAGAAGUAAAUAUUGAGGUUUUCUUGUGCCUGAACCAUGUCAUGUGACCAAAAAUUGAAAAUGAAGGAAAUUGUUGAAUUGGUGGCCAAUUUACUUUCUUUGGAUAUGAGCCGCCCAUAACCGCCCAUGUGGAUCCAUGCUUUAGUGCUGGAAAAAGUUUUGGAGUGACUGAAUAUUUUUAUCAUGAGUUGCCUGACAAGUUAUGUAAGGCACUACAACAGUUUUAUUAACUUAAUUUUGGGCCAUUGCUCCUCAGAGCUCGCCUCCUAGCUAGUAAUGUUCAGCUACAACUAACUUGCUCUUCUCAAGACUGAGAAAACUUACCACUCGCAUUUAGUUCGUGAAUUGUUUUACUCAGGAGCUGAACAGACUGCGGAGAGCUGCCUUGUGUUACAGCUAUCUGGGUCUGCUUGAUGUGCUGGCGAACAUGUUAGACAAAGAGUGUCAUAAAGCCACUCCCAAAGUAGCCAAUCAUUUGCGGUAUGCAUCGGAAUGUCUUCGGGCUGGACCUAGCAUGGAUCUUAACAAGCCCAUCACCCCUUUACAGGAGUAGUUCUUCAGUCAA